AUAAUAAUCAAUUUAUCAUCGUGGACAAGAUGUUCAGUUGAUCAUCUAUAAAUAAGAGGUUUGAGUUGGUCGCCAGCACAAAUCGAAGCCUUCUCUUCCAAAAGGCGUUUGCCAAGUUACUAUAGGGUAAACGCGAUACAUAAUAAAGUGAGCAGUAUCAUGAGGUUUCUCAUUAUUUUGCCACUCGCUUUUGCGAUUGCGGCUGGCCAAGGAUUUCUAGGGGGCCUUGGAGGCUUGGCUGGUGGUCUCGCAGGUGGCGUAAGUCAAGGCGUUCAGCGUUUAUCUAGCGUUGCGAAAAUACCAAACGUUGCCAAUCUCCCACUCCCGGGCACGAUUAGCAAUUUUGCUGAUUUUGUUGCUAAAACUGGAAAGAAAUAUGCAUCAAGGGCCGAACAAACGCUGCGCGAGGGCAUUUUCAAAGCAAAUCAAGUUCUGGCUGAUAAACAUAAUGAGCUAUUCAAGGCUGGCAAAAGCACUUUCGAGAUGGGGGUGAAUUUCUUGUCGGAUUUGAAACCAGAAGAAUUUCUGUCAGGUUUGACUGGCCGCAAGAAGAAUCCCAAGGGAGAGUCUAAGGUAAAGAAUAGAAAAUCAGCAGCACCACCCUCAGUUGCAGUUCCAGAUUCAUUCGAUUGGCGCGAAAAGGGUGGAGUAACCCCAGUUAAAUUUCAAGGCCUUGAAUGUGGUGCUUGCUGGUCUUUUGCUGUCACCGGUUCUAUUGAAGGACAUGUUUUCCGCAAAACAGGCCAACUCAUUAACUUGUCAGAGCAGAAUUUGGUUGACUGUUCCACUGAUUACGGAAACACUGGUUGUGAUGGUGGUUACCACGACUACGGUUACGAGUAUGUUAUUGAAAAUCAAGGAAUCAGCAAAGCUGAACCUUACCCUUACCUCGAGAAACAAGAAAAAUGUCAGUACAAGGAAACUGAGCGAGGAACCAUGAUUAAGGGUUAUGUCGCACUUCCGCCUGGUAAUGAGACUUUAAUUAAAGAAGUUGUCGCGACAUUAGGACCAGUGGCUGCUUCAGUGAAUGCUGGACCAGAUUCCUUCCAAUUGUAUAAGGGAGGAAUUUAUGAUGAUCAGGAGUGUAACAAAGAUGAAGUGAAUCAUGAGAUCCUGAUCGUGGGCUACGGCUCGGAAAAUGGUAAGGACUACUGGAUUAUUAAGAAUUCAUGGACAGACAAAUGGGGCGAAAAGGGUUAUAUGAAAUUACCACGUAACGCCAAUAGCUUCUGUGGUAUUGCUUCUGAAGGCAGUUAUCCUGUUGUUUGAGUAUUAAUGCACUGUAUUUCUGUAUUUUAAAAGAGUAUUUGUUAACGUGAAGAAGUUUAAUAAAGAAAUUAAGAUUGAAA